UUGUUAUAAGUGUUCAACAAGGACAGCUUAAGGUAGUUUUGUACAGUUACUUGGAAACUGCUGUGGGUUUCAUCGUCUACGUUUUGGUGGUGAGCUUCUGGAUUUUAAUCUGGGAAAAAGAAAAAAGCAGCAGGCAUCAUGGCAGGAGACGGUGUUUCGCAAAGUAAACUAAGCAGCAGCUGCUGUAAUUGGAAAAUGUUACUGCAGAUUGGAUUCUUUUUAAUAUGGACAGCAAUAGGAGUGGCAUUCAUUGUAGUAGGUGCCAUAAAUUUAAAUACUUGUCCAUUGCAGCCAUUUAUCCCAAUUUAUAUGAUUGUUGCGGGAGCCUUCAGUUUCGCAUACUGGAUUGUAUUACUAUUGAGAUGCUUCUGCCCCACUCUUGGAAAGAUCUUCGCCCUUAUUGUUGGUCUUUUUGUGUUUGCCUGGUUUAUUGCAGGCAGUGUGUGGGUGUUCGGGAAUUAUCGACCCACCGCAGGUUGUAAUAUUCCCAUGUAUUUGUUUGUUUUCUCCAUCCUGAUUAUUCAGUGGAUCUUUAUUGGAUUUGCAGCCAUUGGAGCUGUGCUAUCUUGCCUUUGCUGCAAAAAUUCAUGUUUUGGUGAACUUUUACAGUGUUUUAGUUGCUGCCCAUGCUCAGAGGACUCCCAAUGCUGCAGCAUCUGCCAGUGCUUAGAGGGCUGCAGCUGCCUUAAGUGCUUCAAGUGUUUCCAGUGCAGCAGCUGUCUGAACUGUUCCCUGUGUGCAAAGUGCUGCAGUUGUUUGGAGUGCUGUGCUCCACAAGAACAAUGUUAACACCAUAGAAGAAACAACAGCAACUUUGUUUUUAAAUAAAAUCUAAAUUAUCACAAUGGUCACUGUUAAGACCUCAAUUUAUGCAGGAUGCCAUUAAUAAUGGGAUCUUAUUAUUUUCCAGCAUCAGAAUUAUUACACCUAAACUGGUCAAAUAUGUACAGCCAUUUUGUACUAAUGUUUAUUUAAAACACUAUGAAAACACUUUUUUGUGUAUGUUUUAACUAGUUCAUCUGAUGCCUCUUUCCUGUUAUGUACUCUAAAAUUUACCAGUGAUUAGACUCUCAGAAUGAUGUUAAAUGAACAUGAAUGGUUAUUAAAAAAAAAAAUCACAAUUUA